AUGGAGAGUUUUUACAACAGGAGCAAGAACCAGAUCCAGAACCAGCAGAGUCAGCGCCAGGUGGUCACAGCGGGGGCGGACAGUCCCGAGCCGGAUGGAGGUCUGAGUCUCCGCGCGCUGACCGGCUGCGUCCUGUGCGUCCUGAUCGUCUCCACCCUGCUGGGGAACACUCUGGUGUGCGCCGCGGUCAUCAAGUUCCGCCACCUGCGCUCCAAAGUCACCAACUCGUUCGUCAUCUCCCUGGCGGUGUCGGACCUGUUCGUGGCCGUGCUCGUGAUGCCGUGGAGGGCGGUGUCCGAGGUCGCGGGUUUCUGGCUGUUCGGCCGCUUCUGUGACACCUGGGUGGCCUUUGACAUCAUGUGCUCCACCGCCUCCAUCCUCAACCUGUGCAUCAUCAGCAUGGACCGGUACUGGGCCAUCUCCAGCCCCUUCAAGUACGAGCGCAAGAUGACGCGCAGGUUCGCCUUCCUCAUGAUCGGCGUGGCGUGGACCCUCUCCAUCCUCAUCUCCUUCAUCCCCGUGCAGCUCAACUGGCACCGCGCGGACUCGGACAACUCCACGGCGGAGAGCCCGGAGGACUGCAACGCCAGCCUGAACAAGACUUACGCCAUCUCCUCGUCCCUCAUCAGCUUCUACAUCCCCGUGGUCAUCAUGGUGGGGACGUACACGCGCAUUUUCCGCAUCGCGCAGACCCAAAUCAGACGUAUCUCCUCACUGGAGAGGGCGGCAGGGCACCGCGCGCCGAACCGUCGACACCGCGCGUCAACGCACGACGAGAGUUCCCUGAAGACGUCCUUUAAGAGGGAGACGAAGGUGUUAAAGACUCUGUCCAUCAUCAUGGGGGUGUUCGUCUUCUGCUGGCUGCCCUUCUUCGUCCUGAACUGCGUCGUGCCCUUCUGUGACUUGGAGAGACUCGGAGAGCCGCCGUGCGUCAGCGACACCACCUUCAGCAUCUUCGUGUGGUUCGGCUGGGCCAACUCCUCCCUGAACCCGGUCAUCUACGCCUUCAACGCGGACUUCAGGAAGGCUUUCUCCACCAUCCUGGGCUGCAACAAGUACUGCUCCACCUCCACGGUGGAGGCGGUGGACUUCAGCAACGAGCUGGUCUCCUACCACCACGACACCACCAUGCAGAAGGAGGCCUGCGCCAUGCCGGGCCCCGGGCCGCAGAGGCUUAUCCCUCCGCCUCCGCCGCCGCCGCACACCGAGGGAGACCCGGAGCAGAACUUUGACAAAGUUUCCGUCAUCUCAGAAGAUCCCCGGAACCACAGGAACCCUCUGCUGCCCGCCAUGCUCCAGUACGAGUGUGAGGCGGAGGUUUCUCUGGACAUGAUCCCCUUCAACUCCUCCGGACCCACGGACUGUUACGUGAUUCCGGGUCAGAUCCAGGACAUGUGA